AUGAGCACUUCCGAGUUGAAAGCUUCAGACAAGAUAAUGAUAAAACUUGUUCGACAAGAUUCCAGUACGUCCUGGGGAUUUCGUUUACAAGGUGGCACCGAUUUUAGCACGCCGCUAUCCGUCCAGCUGGUAAAUGCUGACAGUGUUGCAGAAAAGGCUGGUCUGAAAGCUGGAGAUGCCAUUUUGGCCAUCAACAACAUCACCUCGGACUCAAUGACACACGACGAAGCCAAAGCCGAGAUAGUUCGAUCCGGCAAUGAGAUUUCCUUGCUUGUAGAAAAAGGAGCCGUCAGAAUCUGGAGGCCUAAGGUUACUCCAUUGCAUAAUCUGCGCCCGCUACAGCUGAAUCUGUUGACUACAGAUGUCGAAGACGACAUCCAGCCCGUUCAGAGGACGAGUCUGGCCUUCACUACAUCACCACAGGAGCCGUGUAAAAUUGGUAGCAGUCACAACAGAUCGCCACAGCCAUUCAGUAAAUCAAUGUUCCCGGACUUUAGUGUGGCAACUGGUCAGUGCAGCCCAGACAAAGAGCCAAACAGAGACGUUGAGCACACAGCUGAUCUUCACAAUCAGCGACAUAUUGUGGAUACCCAGCGCUCACCGACGGAUGCCAGCAUCACCAACAACGGAGUGGUUUUAAAGCUAGAAGAGGCACGUGACGACGAGAAAGGAGAAG